GUUUUCGCGGUUGCUAAAUUUCUUUUCUAAUUUAAUUUAACUAAAUUAUGUAUUAAAAGUAGGUCAAAUAGCUUAAAAUGAAUCAAGGAGAAUCGUUUUUAUCUUGUGCCGCCACGUUAGAGUGGAUAUCGCCACAGGGAUCAAUAACACGGAAAGUAAAUUCUAAACAAGCGUCACUGAGGCUCAUCCGAAAUGAAUUUCGCGAAAUGUUUAUGGAAGUAUCGAGCGACAAACAAAGUAUAACGAGGCUAGCAUUAAAAGGAAUCAACGUGUUCAAAAAGUUCAUGGCAGAAGGAAAGGCUAGUAUUAAAUUUCAAGAAGCCGGCUGCACAAUUUUCAUUUCAAACGCUCCACCAACGAAUUUGGUUUCAUUUCUACGGACUAUUUUCGUUAAAAUGACAGGUGACAAAGAGCAAAAUCCCAACAAAACGCCGUCCAAGUCUAUAAGAGCUCAAUUGCUAAGUGGCAAAGCUCAAUCAUUUGAAGAGAUAAGUCCCGUUACUGUUGCUGACAUACAUAAGGCAAAAAGUAAAAUUAUUAGCAAAUCGACGACUACGACACCAUCGCCGCCAUCCAAGAAGCGAAAAGCAGAUGAUGUAGCCAGAGGUCCCGCUCCAAAGAAGCUCUACUCACCGUCCCCGCUAACAAAUACAAUGGAAUUAAAUCCCGAGCAAAAAAGAGUACUAGAUGCAUGUGUGAGUGGGAAAAACAUAUUCUUUACAGGCUCAGCGGGGACAGGGAAAAGCUUUCUGCUCAAAAGAAUAGUGGCAGCUUUGCCUCCAGAUGUUACUAUGCCAACUGCAUCCACGGGUGUCGCAGCAUGUCACAUUGGUGGCACAACCCUUCAUGCUUUUGCAGGAAUAGGAGAUGGACAUGGUUCUAUAGAUCAUCUAUGUGAAAGAGCCACUAAAAGUCCAUUAGUUGCACAAAAGUGGAGAAAAUGUAAACAUCUUAUUAUAGAUGAAAUAUCUAUGGUAGAUGGAGCUUAUUUUGAGAAACUGGAAGCAGUUGCCAGACAUGUUAGAAGAUGUGAUAAGCCAUUUGGUGGAAUACAGCUCAUUUUGUGUGGUGACUUUCUUCAACUGCCACCAGUUGUAGACAAGAGUAAAGGUGACAAAAAAUUCUGCUUUCAAAUGCCCUGCUGGGAGAAAUGCAUUGAACUGUGCUUUGAGUUGAAACAGGUGCAUAGACAGUCCGACCCCGAGUUUAUAUCAAUACUAAACAGCAUUAGAAUAGGCAGAGUAACCAGUGAAAUAAGCGAAAGACUAAUUAACACAGCUAAGCAGAAGAUCGAGAGUGAUGGAAUUUUAGCCACAAGAUUAUGUUCUCACACAAAUGACUCUAAGACAAUAAAUAACAAUAAACUAAGAGAUCUUGAUGGUGAAGAGAAGCUCUUCUCAGCGCAAGAUAGCGAUAAUGCUACACAUUUACUUGACAUGCAAACAAUCGCACCUUCUAAACUAGUUCUAAAGAUCGGAGCACAAGUAAUGUUAUUGAAGAACAUCAAUGUUAAUGCUGGUCUGGUAAAUGGGGCGCGAGGGGUGGUUAUCAGAUUUGAAGAUGGUUUACCAGUAGUCAGAUUCAAAAAUAAAAAAGAGUAUACAGCGAGAUCUGAGCGUUGGUACGUCAAGAAUUCAAAUGGUUCUUUGUUGUGUCGCAGACAGAUACCGUUGAAUUUAGCCUGGGCAUUUUCUAUACAUAAGUCACAAGGGCUAACUCUAGACUGUGUAGAAAUGUCCCUGUCCAAAAUAUUUGAAGCCGGACAAGCUUAUGUAGCGCUGAGCCGAGCUCAAAGCUUAGAUACAUUGAGAGUUUUAGAUUUCGAUUCGAGACAUGUUUGGGCCGACCCAAAUGUUUUAGAAUUUUACCAGCGGUUCAGGAAACGCUUACAACGAAUGGAACUUAUCCCCCUGGGAAGACCAUUAGCUGAUAAAACAAAUAACAAACUUAAACUUAAAGAAAUUUUAAAUAAGAAAAUGAAUAGAUGAUGACAAAAAUAAUUAAAAUUUUGAGAAGACUGACAUUUAGACAAUCUUGUAAUAUUUAAUUAAUAUAAAAUUACGUAUUGGAA